GCGGGCGCGCUAUGGAGAGCGGGUGCUGGUUGGUCGGCUGCGAGUUCGAGGACUCAGUAUUCGAGGACGGGCGCCAGCGGCGGGCCGGACCACCCGCGUCCUACUGCGCCAAACGCUGCGAGCCGCAGUGGUUUUAUGAAGAAACAGGGAGCAGUGACAAUGUUGAAGCUCUAACUAUCAAGAAGUUCAGAGGGGACCUGGCCUAUAGACGACAAGAAUAUCAGAAAGCUCUGCAGGAGUAUUCUAGCAUCUCUGAGGAAUUGUCGUUAACCAGUUUUGCCAUGAAAAGGGAUGUCCAGGAAGGCCAGGCUCGGUGUCUUACGCACCUGGGAAGGCACGCGGAAGCUCUGGAGAUUGCUACCAACUUGGUGAGUGUUUUCAUUGCUCAUUUUCAUUUGCUUUCCUGUACCGAGAAUAAUUCAUUUUGGAACUGGGGCAAAUUGGCAGAGGCUUACCUGAAUCUGGGGCCAGCUCUCUUGGCGUCAUCUCAGAAACGGAACAGUUUCACCUCAAGUGACAAAGCUAUCAAAUCCUCCUCUCCUCACUCAGGAAAAGACUGUCUUUUAUGUAUCCCUGAAAUCUCGCCUGAGAGCUCUAAGUUUUCUAUGGACGCAAGCAGCAGUGACAGCCAGCAAAAUGAGAAAGCUCUUAAAAAUACUCAGAGCUCUGUGUCAGAAAAGAGAGAGGCAGUGUUGAUAGAAACUCAGAUAAAAGCAUGUGCCGCUUUUGUAAGAACCAGGCUUUUGCUUCAGCUCACUCAGUCUCAGCAAACAUCAUUUGCUUUGGAGAGGAACUUAAAGACUCAGCAGGAAAUUGAAGAUAAAAUGAAAGCGUUCCGCUUCAAAGAAGAAACUUUGCUGUUGAUUUCUGAGGUUAUGGGAGAAGAUAUUGUUCCAGAGAAAAUAAAAGACGAAGUUCACACGGAGGUGAAGUGUGUAGGCUCUGCUGCUUUGACUGCCUUGGUGACUGCAUCUUCAAAAGAAUUUGAAGACAAGUGGUUCAAAAAGAUCAAAGACCAUUUCUGUCCCGUUGAGAAUCAGUUCCAUACAGAGAUACAAAUCUUGGCUUAGUGGUCCAUUUAAAAACAAAGCAGAAAACGUCUUCCACUGUAUUAAUUGUCCUUUCUCACUUUAGACAGGAACGACCGCUAAUAAUGGAGUAUAGUGAAUUAAAAAUGUUUAUUU